AGCGGACACCACAUCAGUGCAAAAUGUAUCCACACACGCCAUGCUCCAAGUGUGUCAUCAGAUAUCUGUGAGGUGUUGAGGAGGCAAGUAAAUAAUUGCCCCUCCUAAAUUGCCCCUCUUCUUGUCAGGCGUUUUGCAAAACUUUCAAGAUCUCAAGGUGUCGUAUAGCCACCCAGCAAGCCAAGCAGAACACACCGGACUAUUAGACUACAAUUCACAGCAACACUACCAGCAGAGAGUGAGAGAGAUAAGAUGGAGCUUAACAGAACCUCUACCACAGAGCCAAAGAAUCUCUCUCAGGAACAUUCCAUAGCAGUUGGCCCUCGGACAGAAGCCAUGUCUGCAGACAACGGGGCCCUUCAGAUCUCCAGCAGUGCAGAGGGACCUGGUGCCAGCAAAACUCCAUCUGGUGCAGAGCCUCCAAGUACAUCAUCAUCAUCACCAUCUGUCUCCCCUCCAGCCCCUAGCCAGGCUCCAACUUCAUCAUCAUCUUCAUCGUCCAGGCCUAGGCUGGCUGGAGGGCCUGCGAGUAGGGCGAAGCUGAAAUUUAUUCUGGGCGCCUCGGAAGACAACUCUUCAGACGAUGAGCCCCUGGUUAUGUUUCGGCCUCCUCCGUCGGCCAAAGCGAGCGCCACCGAAGUUCAACCGCAGCGGUCGACAUCUUCCACCAGUUCUGCUCUGGAGCCUCCACCAACAGCACCAGUGGUAGCCUGCCCGUCCUCAAACAGCAUGAGGCCUAGUAUGUCAGGACCUCACCUGGUGAAAAAAGGAAGAGAGCAUCGCAAAAUGGAUUUGCAGAGAGACUUCACCGUCGCCUCCCCGGCCGAGUUUGUCACUCGGUUCGGAGGAAAUAAGGUCAUUGACAAGGUACUGAUUGCCAAUAAUGGCAUCGCUGCCGUGAAAUGCAUGCGUUCCAUCCGUCGCUGGUCCUACGAGAUGUUCCGGAAUGAGAGGACCAUCCGCUUCGUCGUCAUGGUUACCCCAGAGGACCUGAAGGCAAAUGCAGAAUACAUAAAAAUGGCGGAUCAUUAUGUGCCAGUUCCUGGAGGGCCGAAUAACAACAACUAUGCAAAUGUAGAACUGAUUGUGGACAUUGCCAAGAGAAUACCAGUGCAGGCGGUCUGGGCAGGAUGGGGCCAUGCCUCAGAGAAUCCCAAACUACCAGAGCUGCUCCACAAGGCUGGCAUUGUCUUCCUAGGUCCGUCGAGUAAGGCCAUGUGGGCUCUUGGGGACAAAGUUGCCUCCUCCAUAGUGGCCCAGAGUGCAGACAUCCCCACACUGCCCUGGAGUGGCUCAGGUCUGAGGGUGGAGUGGGCCGAGGAGGACCAGAGGCUGGGCCACGUCAUCAGCGUUCCCCCCGAGAUCUACAUCCACGGCUGCGUCAGGGACGUGGACGAAGGGCUGGCGAGUGCGGAGAAGAUUGGCUACCCGGUGGUGAUCAAGGCGUCAGAGGGGGGCGGGGGGAAGGGCAUCAGGAAGGUGGAGUGUGCAGACGACUUCCCCGGCUUCUUCAGACAGGUGCAGGCGGAGGUGCCGGGCUCGCCCAUCUUCAUCAUGCAGCUGGCGCAGCACGCGCGGCACCUGGAGGUGCAGAUCCUGGCCGACCAGUACGGCAACGCCAUCUCCAUGUUCGGCCGCGACUGCUCCAUCCAGAGGAGGCACCAGAAGAUCAUCGAGGAGGCCCCAGCCACCAUCGCAGCCUCCUCCACCUUCGAAUGCAUGGAACGGUAUGCAGUGCGGCUGGCUAAGAUGGUGGGCUACGUGAGCGCGGGCACGGUAGAGUACCUCUUCUCUGAAGACGGCAGCUUCCACUUCCUGGAGCUGAACCCUCGACUGCAGGUGGAGCACCCAUGCACUGAGAUGAUCGCAGACGUCAACCUGCCAGCUGCACAGCUACAGAUUGGCAUGGGUAUCCCUCUGUACCGGAUAAAGGAGAUCCGCUUGCUGUAUGGCGAGUGUCCCUGGGGAGACUCGGUCAUCAACUUUGACGCUCCCGAGUGCAUCCCCAACCCCAGGGGACAUGUCAUCGCGGCUCGCAUCACCAGCGAAAACCCAGAUGAGGGAUUUAAGCCCAGCUCAGGCACGGUGCAGGAGCUGAACUUCAGGAGCAGUAAGAACGUGUGGGGCUACUUCAGCGUGGGGGCCACGGGGGGGCUGCACGAGUUCGCAGACUCCCAGUUCGGACACUGCUUCUCCUGGGGAGAGAACAGAGAGGAGGCCAUCUCUAACAUGGUGGUAGCGAUGAAGGAGCUGUCUAUACGAGGAGACUUCAGGACCACGGUGGAGUACCUGAUCAAGCUGCUGGAGACCGAGAGCUUCAGGAACAACGACAUCGACACCGGCUGGCUGGACCACCUCAUCGCAGAGAAAGUCCAGGCUGAGAGGCCGGACACCAUAUUGGGAGUCAUCUGCGGCUCUCUGCACGUGGCAGAUGCCAGCUUCAGGAAGAGCAUGUCGGACUUCCUCCACUCCCUGGAAAGGGGCCAAGUGCUUCCUGCUGCCAGUCUCCUGAACUUCGUGGAGGUGGAGCUGAUCUACGAUGGCGUCAAGUACAGCCUAAAGGUAGCCCGCCAGUCUCCCACCACCUACGUGAUCAUCAUGAACGGCUCUGACAUCGAGAUCGACGUCCAUCGGCUGACAGACGGAGGCCUGUUGCUCUCUUACAACGGCUGUAGCUACACCACGUACAUGAAGGAAGAGGUGGACAGUUACCGCGUGACGGUGGGCAACAAGACGUGUGUGUUUGAGAAGGAGAAGGACCCCUCGGUGCUGAGGUCGCCCUCUGCAGGCAAGCUGCUGCAGUACAUGCUGGAGGACGGGGGACACAUCUGUGCAGGCCACCCCUAUGCUGAGAUAGAGGUGAUGAAGAUGGUGAUGACGUUGGUGGUGGAGGAGUCUGGCUGUGUGCACUACCUCAAGAGGCCCGGGGCCGUGCUGGAGCCGGGCUGCAUGGUGGCCCACCUGGAACUGGACGACCCUAGCAACAUACGCCCGGUCGAGCUGUACACGGGGAUGCUGCCUCCCCAGGAGCCGCUGCCCAUAGUGGGGGACAGGCUGCACCAGGUCUUCCACAGCGUGCUGGACAACCUCAUCAAGAUGAUGGACGGAUACUGCUUACCAGAGCACUACUUUAAUAUCAAGGUGAAGGCGUGGGUGAGCAGCCUUAUGAAGACCCUGCGGGACCCCUCGCUGCCCCUUCUGGAGCUUCAGGACAUCAUGACGAGCGUGUCGGGUCGCGUCCCCGUCACCGUGGAGAAGGCCAUCCGCAAGGUCAUGGCCCAGUACGCCUCCAACAUCACCUCCGUACUCUGCCAGUUCCCCAGCCAGAGGAUAGCGAACAUACUGGACAGCCAUGCUGCCACCUUGCAGAGGAAGGCUGAUCGCGAGGUCUUCUUCAUGAACACGCAGAGCAUUGUGCAACUCGUGCAGAGGUAUCGCAGUGGUGUAAGAGGCUACAUGAAAGUUGUGGUGCUAGACUUGCUGAAGAGAUACCUACAGGUGGAGACACAGUUUCAACAAGCUCACUAUGACAAGUGUGUGAUAAACCUGAGGGAGAGGCACAAGCCGGACAUGAGCCCCGUGCUGGAGUACAUCUUCUCCCACGCACAGGUCUCCAAGAAGAACCUUCUCGUCACCAUGCUCAUCGACCAGUUAUGUGGCAGGGACCCCACUCUAGCUGACGAGCUGAUGGACAUCCUGGACAAACUCACGCAGCUCAGCAAGACGGAGAACUCCAAGGUGGCGCUGCGAGCGCGCCAGGUGUUGAUUGCGUCUCACCUGCCCUCCUACGAGCUGAGACAUAACCAGGUGGAAUCCAUCUUCCUCUCUGCCAUCGACAACUACGGCCACCAGUUCUGCCCAGAAAAUCUCAAGAAACUGAUCCUGUCCGAGACGUCCAUCUUUGAUGUCCUGCCUGAUUUCUUCUACCACUCCAACCGUGUGGUGUGCAUGGCCGCACUGGAGGUGUAUGUGAGGCGAGGUUACAUCGCCUACGAGCUCAACAGCCUCCAGCACCACCAGCUUGAUGACGGCACGUGUGUCAUCGACUUUCAAUUCAUGCUGCCCUCCUCUCACCCCAACAGAGAGCCUCACAGCAGAGUGACUCCAUGCACCAUGCAAAAGACAAACGACAAAGGGAGCAGCCCUACCCUGAACAGGUUGUCGAUGCCGAUGGGGGGCUCGACGGGGCAGCUGGAGAUGCGUAGGCAGAGCAGUGAGCUGUUCCUGGAGGGGGCCUUCUCGCCCCCCUGCCAGAGGAUGGGGGUCAUGGUCGCCUUCCAGCGCUUUGACGACUUCAAGAGGGACUUUGAUGAGGUGAUGUCUUGUUUUGCUGAGCCCAUCCUGGAGAGCCCGCUGUUCUCUGAAGCAUCCUCCGCCAGCCUGUAUGAGGAGGAGAGCGCCAGGAACAUGAGGGAGAACCCCAUCCAUAUUAUUAAUGUGUCCAUCAGAUCUGCUGACACAGAGGAUGACGAUGCUCUAGUCACUGAGCUCACCGCCUUCGCCCAGUUGAAGAAAUCACUUCUACAUGACUACGGCAUCAGAAGAAUUACAUUUUUAGUUGCUCAGAGGCGGGAAUUUCCAAAGUUUUUCACAUUCAGAGCCAGAGAUGAGUUCCAGGAGGACCGCAUCUACCGUAACCUGGAGCCGGCGCUGGCCUUCCAGCUGGAGCUGAACCGCAUGCGCAACUUCGACCUGACGGCCGUGCCCUGCGCCAACCACAAGAUGCACCUGUACCUGGGCGCCGCCCGCGUGGAGCAGGGGGCCGAGGUCACCGACUACCGCUUCUUUAUUCGCGCCAUCAUCCGCCACUCGGACCUCAUCACCAAGGAGGCGUCGUUUGAGUACCUGCAGAACGAGGGCGAGCGGCUGCUGCUGGAGGCCAUGGACGAGCUGGAGGUGGCCUUCAGCAACACCCACGUCCGCACCGACUGCAACCACAUCUUCCUCAACUUCGUACCCACCGUCAUCAUGGACCCCUCCAAGAUUGAGGAGUCUGUGCGCUCGAUGGUGAUGCGCUACGGCAGCCGGCUGUGGAAGCUGCGCGUGCUGCAGGCCGAGAUUAAGAUCAACAUCCGGCUGACGGCCACGGGGGGCGCCAUCCCCAUCCGCCUCUUCCUCACCAACGAGUCCGGAUACUACCUGGACAUCAGCCUCUACAAGGAGGUCACCGACCCCGGUUCUGGACAGGUACAGUCGGAAUCGCAAAAAAAAAUCAUGUUCCAGUCGUAUGGCGACAAGCAGGGCCUGCUGCAUGGGAUGCUCAUCAACACUCCCUAUGUCACCAAAGAUCUCCUGCAGGCCAAACGCUUCCAGGCACAGAGCCUUGGCACCACCUAUGUCUACGACUUCCCUGAGAUGUUCAGACAGGCCCUGUUCAAGCGCUGGGGGCCAGGAGACAAGUACCCCAAGGACGUGCUGCAGUGCACAGAGCUGGUACUGGACGCUCAGGGCAGAUUGGUGCAGAUGAACCGGCUCCCGGGAGACAACGAGAUGGGCAUGGUGGCAUUCCGCAUGCGCAUGAAGACGCCGGAGUACCCCGAGGGCCGCGAAGUCAUCGUCAUCUGCAACGACAUCACGCACAUGAUCGGCUCGUUCGGGCCGCAGGAGGACCAGCUGUUCCUGCGGGCGUCGGAGGUGGCGCGCGCCGAGGGCAUCCCGCGCGUCUACAUCUCGGCCAAUAGCGGCGCCCGCAUCGGCCUCGCAGAGGAGAUCCGUCACAUGUUCCAGGUGGCCUGGGUGGACCCAGCCGACCCCUACAAGGGUUUCAAGUACCUGUACCUGACUCCUCAAGACUACACGCGCAUCAGCUCCACCAACUCUGUGCACUGUCACCACGUGGAGGAGGGAGGAGAGUCCAGGUACAUCAUCACUGACAUCAUCGGUAAGGAGGAGGGGCUGGGGGUGGAGAAUCUGCGGGGAUCGGGCACCAUCGCUGGCGAGUCAUCACAGGCCUAUGAGGAAAUCAUCACCAUUAGCAUGGUCACCUGUCGCUCAAUAGGCAUCGGCGCGUACCUGGUUCGUCUGGGCCAGAGGGUGAUUCAGGUGGAGAACUCGCACAUCAUCCUGACCGGAGCAGGGGCACUCAACAAGGUGUUGGGUCGUGAGGUGUACACGUCCAACAACCAGCUGGGUGGUAUCUCCAUCAUGCACAACAACGGGGUGACCCACACCACCGUGCCCGAUGACUUUGAGGGAGUCUUCACCAUCCUGCAGUGGCUCUCCUACAUGCCAAAGAACAAGACAUCAAUGCCCCCUGUCUUGCCUGCGACUGACUCUGUGGAGAGAGAGAUUGACUUUGUGCCCACCAAGGCACCCUAUGACCCCCGCUGGCUGCUGUGCGGAAGACCUCACCCCAGCCAGAAGGGGGCGUGGGAGAGCGGCUUCUUUGACCACGGCUCCUUCAUGGAGAUCAUGAGCUCCUGGGCACAGACCGUCGUGGUGGGCAGAGCCAGGUUGGGAGGAAUCCCUCUGGGUGUCAUUGCGGUGGAGACGCGAACAGUGGAGCUAGCCAUCCCAGCCGACCCUGCUAACCUGGACUCGGAAGCUAAAGUGAUCCAGCAGGCGGGGCAGGUGUGGUUUCCUGACUCUGCCUUUAAGACGGCCCAGGCCAUUAAGGACUUCGGCCGCGAGCGCCUGCCCCUCAUGGUCUUCGCCAACUGGAGGGGUUUCUCUGGAGGAAUGAAGGACAUGUAUGACCAGGUGCUGAAGUUCGGUGCCUAUAUAGUGGACGCCCUGCGAGAGUUCCGGCAGCCGGUGCUGGUCUACAUCCCGCCACACGCCGAGCUGAGAGGGGGAUCAUGGGUCGUCAUCGACCCCACCAUCAACCCGCUCUGCAUGGAGCUCUAUGCAGACAGGGAGAGCAGGGGUGGGGUGCUGGAAGCUGAAGGGACGGUGGAGAUUAAGUUCCGGAGGAAAGACCUCUUGAAGACAAUGCGCAGGAUCGAUCGUGUGUACGCUGACCUCUCAGAGAAGCUUACAUCCCCAGAGCUGUCGGAGUCUGGUCAGAGGGACCUGGAGGCCAGGCGGAGGGCCAGAGAGGAGUACCUGCUACCCAUCUACCACCAGGUGGCAGUGCAGUUUGUAGACCUCCACGACACACCAGGCAGGAUGCAGGAGAAGGGGGCCAUUACUGACAUCCUGGAGUGGAAGAGUGCACGCUCCUUCUUCUACUGGCGCUUGCGGCGCCUCCUGCUGGAGGAGAUGGCCAAGGCCGAGGUCCUGGCGGCCAACGGGGAUCUCAGCGACGGACACAUCCAGUCCAUGCUGCGACGCUGGUUUGUGGAGACCGAGGGCACCGUCAAGGCCUACCUGUGGGAUAACAACCAGGCGGUCGUGGAGUGGCUGGAGAAGCAUCUGGCUAAGGAGGAGGGCACGCGCUCAGCCAUCAGGGAGAACAUCAAGUACCUCAAGAGGGACUACGCACUCAAACACAUACGCAGUCUUGUGCAGGCUAACCCAGAGGUUGCCAUGGACUGCAUUAUCCACAUGAGCCAGCACAUCACCCCGGCUCAGAGGGCCAAGCUCACCCACCUGCUGGCCACCAUGGACAACCCCAGCCCCAGCAACGGCAGCCCCCCCAACUAGCGACCCUUGCCUGCUAACCAGCCUCAGCCCUAGCCCUUGGUUCCAUCCACAACCCCAGCCCCAGCCCCAGCCCC